UUGUAUUUACGGAAAGGUCGAGGAGACACGCGUGUCUGUAAGAUCUACGACUCACCGUGUCUGCCAGAGAAUGAAGCUGUAUUUGCAAUAACAACGCACGGUAUUGAUGAUGCCAAAGACUGA